AACUAUGUCGGUUCAGUGUACAACCACAUCAUCAUACAUAUAAAUAGAUAAAACCCUAAAACUAAUCUAGUGCUUCAUUCUGCACUUUUCCUCAAUUGUGAAAACCGUUAGUUAUUCUUUCCCAAUUUUCUCACCAAUGGCAGGUCAAAGAACUUCUUACGGAAACAAACGUUCUCACUCACACAACGACGACGGUGGCGGCGUUGGCGGCAGCAAUAACAAAAACAGACGCCGUAACCCUGGCGGCGAUGAAUCACGUGACACUUUCCAAAUCACACAAGACGACACCGUUUAUCGUUAUCUUUGUCCAGUUCGCAAGAUCGGAAGUAUAAUUGGUCGUGGUGGUGAAAUCGUUAAACAGCUUCGUGCUGAUACAAAAGCUAAGAUCCGAAUCGGUGAAACUGUUAAUGGUUGUGAUGAACGUGUUGUUACGAUCUAUAGUGUUUCUGAUGAAUCUAAUGAUUUUGAAGAUUCAGGUGAGUUUGUUUGUCCUGCUCAUGAUGCACUUAUUAGGAUUCAUCAGAGAGUUAUUGCUGAAGAUUUGCGUGGUGGUGGUGGUGGUGGUGGUGGUGGUGAAGAGGAUGAUGAAGAUGAAGUUAUGGAGAAAGUUGAUGGUGGGGAUGUUGUUACGGCGAAAUUGCUUGUUCCUUCUGAUCAGAUUGGUUGUGUGAUCGGUAAAGGUGGACAGAUUGUUCAGAAUAUUAGAAGUGAAACUGGUGCUCAGAUUAGGAUUCUUAAAGAUGAACGUUUGCCUCUUUGUGCUUUGAAUUCUGAUGAACUUGUUCAGAUUACUGGUGAGAUUGCUGUUGUGAAGAAGGCUCUGGUUCAGAUUGCAUCAAGGCUUCAUGACAACCCUUCACGUACUCAGCAUUUGCUUGCUUCUGCGGUUGCUGGGGGAUAUACUGCUGGUGGUUCAAUGGGGGGUCCUCCUGGCGGGGCUCCAAUUAUGGGGAUGGCUCCUCUUGGUGGUUAUGGGGGGUAUAAAGGUGAUGUUGGAGACUGGCCACGGGGCAUGUAUUCAGGUUCAAGGGAUGAAGCUUCUGUCAAGGAGUUUUCAGUCCGAUUUGUUUGUCCAACUGCUAACAUUGGAGGUGUGAUAGGUAAGGGCGGUGGUAUUAUAAAUCAAAUUAGGCAGGACUCUGGGGCGAAUAUCAAGGUUGAUAGUUCGGCAACUGAAGGAGAUGACUGCUUAAUAUCCAUUUCUACAAGAGAGUUCUUUGAGGAUUCUUUCUCUCCAACAAUAGAAGCAGCUGUGCGUUUGCAACCCCGAUGCAGUGAGAAAGUUGAAAGAGAUUCUGGGAUUCUCUCUUUCACUAGCCGGUUACUGGUGUCAAGCUCUCGAAUUGGGUGCCUUAUUGGCAAAGGAGGAACAAUCAUUACUGAAAUGAGAAGGCUUACAAAAGCUAACAUCCGCAUCCUAUCAAAGGAAGAUCUUCCUAAAAUUGCAACGGAAGAUGAUGAAAUGGUGCAGAUUUCGGGGGAACUAGAUAUUGCCAAGGACGCUCUUGUGCAAGUACUUACACGGCUGAGAGCAAAUCUUUUUGAUAAGGAACGCUCUGUCUCAUCCUACCUUCCACCAGUACUUCCAUAUCUUCCUGCUUCACCAGAAGGACCAGAUGGUUUUAACUAUGAAGGUAGAGAUGGAAGACGACAUGUACGUGACCAUUCUUAUUCAGAUGGCUAUGGAGGCUCUAGUGAUUUGAUGCCUGGCGACAGUUAUGGAAACUAUGGAAGUUCACAGCUUGGUCGAGGUGGUCCUUAUGGAGCUUAUGGAAGUUAUGCUACAGGACGGACUAGUACUUCUGGAUUACCGGACAGACUGUCUGAGAGAUUGUCUAGUCACAAUGGUGUUUCUCGGAGGAGAAACCAUGGUUACUAAAACUUGGUGGGUCCCUGCAGCUGAGUUAUGUGAAGCCCUGAAGCCUACUGCCUAAACUGGAAGACCAGAUGAACCACGGUUUGACAAACUCAUGGCCCACCUUGACGCCUCUACCUAGGGACUGACAAACUCAUGGCCAACCUUGUUGCCUCUAUCUUGAGGACCAAACAUGCGGAGACUAUUGAAUUUGACCAAGUCCAUUUUACCUUAUUUCCCAAGCUCGAUAACAUGUACUCCCAAGACCUAUAAAAAUAGCUUGCCUCUGUGGCUCGGCUUUUUAUUCCUCGUUGGUUGUCUUUAGAUCUAAAACACCAUGUAGCGAUGAUCCUUUCCCAGUUGUAUACCUGUAUUAUUAUUUAUUUUUUUGGUUAUGUUUUCUUGAUAAUUCAUAGUUACUUGCGGUUUGAACUCUCUGCCUUUGAACUUAAUUUAAUGAUGUUGCAUCCUGGUAAGUUGACCUUACAGUCUUA